AUGCCUGAAGUUGGAGAAGUAGCUCAUGCCGUUGCAAAUUUACGGAGAAAUAUUCUUGGCUAUACCAUCAAAAGUGCAUCCUUCUUACUUGAUGACAAAAUCUUCCCGAGUCUAAAAGAAGAUGAUCCUAAAAAGAAGUCAACAUCAACCAAAUCCCCAUAUUUUUACCAACCUGAAUUGAAAUUCAAAAGCCCGCUGGAUAUUGAAAAUAGCUUGAAGAAUAAGAAAAUUGUGGGAAUAGGUAGACAUGGGAAAUAUUUCUGGAUAAGAACUAAGCAUGAGCUAAAUGAAGAAGGUCAGAAUUUGUACCCUAAUGGAUUAUUAAUAUUAUUGCAUUUUGGUAUGACAGGGUGGAUUAAAUUCAAAGACAUAUAUUCACAUUUUAUUCAAAUGGAGAGUGGGGGUUACAAGAAAGUGUUCAAAAUAUUGGGAACCGACGAAAAUGGAGACCCAUUACCAAAGCAAGAAGAUGAAAAUGAUGGAGAAACAAGGACAAGUAUUGAUAAAGAUGUGAUACAGGCAGAAGAUUGGCCCCCACGGUUUCAUAAAUUCUUGUUGAAUCUUUCUGAAGGGGCAGAGAAUAAUAUUGAUUUAGGAUUUGUCGACCCUAGAAGAUUAGCGAAAGUGCGUUUUUAUGAAAUUAAUUCAAAGUUAAACACUGAUGAGUUAGUGCUUCAAAACAUUGAGCAGCUCUCUAAAUUAGGCCCUGAUUAUUCUAAAACCAAUUCUAAAAAUACUUCUAUAAUUGAAGAUAUUGAGUUUGUUCUGGGUGAUCCCGAUCCUCAUGACCACGCCAAAAGCAUUUUAUCCCAGGGGGAAUUCAAAGAUCUUGUGCUUUCAAAACCAAAAUUAACAAUAAAGCCAUUUUUAUUAAAACAGGAAUAUUUUUCAGGAGUCGGAAAUUGGAUGGCCGAUGAAAUUUUGUUCCAUAGUAAAAUAUAUCCUGAAGAGGUACUUGGAUCCUUGGAUGAAGAAGACAUUGAACUAUUGUAUGAAAAGUUGAUUGAAAUUUCAAAAAUAUCAGUAGAUCUUGAGGCAGAGGUUGCGAAAUUUCCAAGGAGCUGGUUGAUGUUGUAUAGAUGGGGAAAGAAACUGAAAAAGACUUAUCAUGGGCAUGAUGUCAAGUUCGUGACUGUUGGUGGUCGAACCAGUUGCUAUGUUGCCGAAAUCCAAAAGAAGAAGUCAAAGAAGAGGAAGAAGGAAGUGAUAGAAGAGGAGGAGGAAGUCAAAUCAGAAAGCAAUGACGACCAUGUGACGGUUAAAAAAACCACUACUAGAGCUAAAAGAAAGAAGAGCGUUUGA